CGACUCCUUCCUUACUGCGUCCACCACCAUUACCACUACAAUUACCAGUAUGGUCGAAGUUGAGGAUGUGGAAGAAACGCAGUUGUACGCGGACUUGCGGGGUUUCUUGUUGCACGCCGACCCCACACGGACGGACGUCCGCCGCGCCGCCACGGAGGCGGUCCUGCAGGUGCGGGACACCCCGGGUCGGACCCAGAUGGUGCGGCACGGCAUCGUUCCGGCACUCGCACGCAAUGUAUCCCACGACGAUCCUCACGUCGCCAUUUCCGCUCUACGGGGACUCGUGCAACUGUCGGCACACGGACCGAGCGCCAAUCAGGCCGUCGAAGAUCUCACCCAAGCCGGCGGACUCAACCGUAUGCUGGAAAUUGUACUCAGUCGACCGGAAGACGGUAGUGGUGAGAAAAACACUGGUGCGGACUGGAAACAACGGGUCAACUUGGCCAUGGCCCUCUUGGCAAACAUGACGCGGGUGGAAAAGGGGGCCGUCGAACUGGUGGGUCGAUCCCUACCCGACCGAGCAAUUGUGAAACCUUUGGUCGAUGCCGACAACACUGCCGAGUCAGGAAUAUUGCCGACCAAACCCAGUCUCGAAUUAAUACUGGCGCGCUUCAUGAACACUUCGUUUAUAGAAUCCACGGAUUACGAUGCCUUGGAGGGUGAAGUCUUGGACAGCGACCCGUCCGAUCCGUACCAACAUUUUGCGGCCGUUCUCAUGAACGCCACCCAGGUAGAGGCCGGUCGCCAGUUUGCUCUUCGUAUACACCGCAAUCCCAAUCGCAAGGACGAUUUGGGUUGGACGGUACUGGAGCGAAUUCUGGUACAGCUAAAGUCGCCCAAUCCGCUGCGACGACGGGGGGUGGCGGGGACGAUUCGCAAUUGUUGUUUGGAACGGGAUGCGGCCUGGUGGAUGCUACACGUCCUCAAUAUUACGAAACAUAUACUGUAUCCCCUCGCAGGCCCGGAAGAGCUCGAUUUGGACGAAAAGAAAGGAUUGGAUCCGGAUUUGUGGCUGGAAGGCCCCGACAAGAAAAGGGAGCCGGAUCACUACACACGACUGUUUUUGGUGGAAGCGAUACUCCUGCUGUGCUCUACGGGAAGGAAAAACCGCGAACAGUUGCGAUUGAAUCGGGUUUACGUCGUAUUGAAAUGGGCCGAUAUGGUUGAAGAACAAGAGGAUGUAUCGGAGUGUAUCAAUGAAUGUGUGCAGUACCUACGCCGCGAUGAGGAAGGAACGGAGGAGGGUAGUAGUGACAAGCUGGUUCAUGAUGCCUACAACAAACCAUCUAUCGCUCAGCAAGUCGGUACAAGCGCAGACUUUGACGAUGUCGAUUAA